AUGUCUGUCAGACUUGCUCUUGCUGUGGCUCUGACCACCGCGAUCGCAUCCUCCAACGCCGCGAACUUGCAUGCUGCCGGUGCGGCCCGGAGGCACAACGAGAUCAUCAAGCGCUCGGCACCCUUUUCCUUCUACGAUAUCACUACUGGUGAAGUCGCAUGUGGUGGUUUCUACUCUCCCAGUGACUCUGUUGUCGCACUGAACUCUGGCAUGUUUGAUGGUGGAAGCCACUGUGGCAAACAGGUCACGAUCACUUGGAAUGGCAAGAGCAAGUCCGCCACCAUCGUGGACGAGUGCAUGAAAUGCGACAACGGACUUGACCUCACGGAAGGCCUCUUCCAGCAGUUCGCUUCAGAGGACGUUGGCGUCUUUUAUGGCACCUGGAGCUACGGCUCCGGAGACUCUGGAUCGGACUCGGAGCCCAAAACAACGAGCACGAAGAAGACUCCCACUCCCACUCCGACGCCCACACCUACACCGACGCCCAAGCCCACGACGACUUCCACUAGCAAGGAGCGCACGACUUCGACAACGUCCACCAAGCCGACUUCCACCUCUACGUCGACUACGAAGACAUCCAGUGCGAAGCCCACGACCACUUCGAGCUCAUCGUCUUCAGUGGCCUCAACCUCGACGUCGAGCUCAGCCGUAGCUGUGGCCACUGCUCUUGGUGUCCAACUCGGUCUCGGCACACAGACUACGGCAGACCUCAGUGGCACUCAAAACCUUGUUGCUUUGAACAACGCGCUCCUUUCAUUCGGUGCUAUGGUUGUGAUGUAG